AUGCUCAAGCAAAUCCUCAGCAAGCUUCCUCGGAAGUCGUUCAAAUCCGACACGGACGAGUCAACUCGGGGUGACUCGGCGCGUUCCUCCGAUUCGCCACGCCCCGUGGGCAAAAGCCAGAGACCACAUGGCGGUAGUUCAUCCGCCGCGAAGCGAGCUUCGUCAUCGGCGGUGUUUCCGGCGAGCAUGGUGUCCGGAUUUGAACCUUUGGUGCCGUUUAAGGAUGUUCCUAACGCUGAGAAGAUGAACCUGUUUGUGAGCAAGUUGAGCCUUUGUUGCGUCACAUUUGAUUUCAGUGACCCUAGUAAGAGCAUUGCAGAUAAGGACGUGAAAAGGAAGACUUUGGUCGAGCUUGUCGAUUUUGUGGCUUGUGGGACAAUGAGGUUUAGUGAACCUGCUAUCCUUGCUUUGUGUAGAAUGUGUGCUUUCAAUUUGUUUAGAGUCUUCCCUCCUAAUUAUAGGACAAGUGGUGGUGGUGAGAAUGAUGAUGAUGAGCCUAUGUUUGAUCCUGCUUGGCCACAUUUGCAACUUGUGUAUGAAUUGCUGCUUAAGUUUAUCUCUUCUUCGUGCCUCGAUGCAAAGGUGGCGAAAAAGUAUAUUGAUCAUUCGUUUAUUGCCAGAUUACUCGAGUUGUUUGAUUCGGAGGACCCUAGGGAAAGGGAUUGCCUGAAGGCGAUUCUGCAUAGGAUUUAUGGGAAGUUCAUGGUGCAUAGACCCUAUAUUCGGAAAACAAUUAACAAUAUAUUUUACCGAUUCGUGUUUGAGACAGAGAAGCACAGUGGGAUUGGUGAGUUGUUGGAGAUUUUUGGGAGUGUUAUUUCUGGGUUUGCUUUACCCUUGAAAGAGGAACACAAAAUCUUCUUGUGGAGGGUUUUGGUUCCCUUGCACAAGCCGAAAUCAAUCGGGGUCUACUUUCAGCAAUUGUCCUACUGUGUUAUGCAGUUUAUAGAGAAGGAGCCCAAGUUAGCUAGCAUUGUGAUAAGGGGUUUGUUAAAAUAUUGGCCAGCAACAAAUAGUCAGAAGGAGGUCAUGUUUCUGGGUGAACUGGAAGAAAUUUUGGAAGUAAUUAACAUGGUAGAGUUCCAGAGGAUCAUGGUUCCUUUGUUUUGGCGGAUUGGAUGCUGCAUAAACAGCUUACACUUUCAGGUAGCUGAAAGGGCCCUUUUCUUAUGGAACAAUGACCACAUUGUCAACUUGAUUGCACAUAACCGGUCAGUGAUCCUGCCCAUCAUAUUUCCAGCUUUAGAUAGGAAUGUUCAAAGCCAUUGGAACCCGGCAGUUGUCAACCUAACUCACAAUAUGAGAAAAAUGUUCUUGGAGAUGGAUGAGAAGCUCUUCAUUUCUUGUUAUAAUCACUUUAAGGAGGAAGAAGCAAUCUUGAUCUCUGCAGCAGAGAAGCGAGAGGAAGCAUGGAAACAACUAGAGCAUGCAGCCAGUCUCAGGCCUGUUAUUGGAAAUACUGCAGUGUUAGUGUCCUGA